GCCUAUCGACGAUAGACACUCGAAGCACUGUUCCCUGGCGUCGCAAAAUUUGGCGACACUGCAAUCGCGGUCACACUGGGGAGCAGAGCGGAAAAGCUGCUGGCGGAAAAACAAUAAAUGACACAAUAAGAAGUAUAAUCAAAAAUAAACAAAGAGGAAACUAUAAAAUAUACAACACAAAAUAAAUAAAAGAACAGCGGAGGCCGCAGCACACACAUACACUACAAGAAAGCAGCCGAAAAGUAUGCAGCAAAAAUGUGAAUAACUACUACCAAAAAAGGAAUCAACAACAACAAAGCAUCAGCAGCAACACACGCACUCUGUUGUUGUUAUAUAAGUGUGUGUGCGAGUGCAGGUGUGUGUGCUUGCGUAGUAGUAAAAAUGUAGCAGAACAACAACGGCUACAACAAAAGCGAAAAAAACAAAAUGAGACAACGAAUCUAAGGAAAUUUUUGAUACCACAAAUUUUGUUAAUAAAAAAAAGGAAAGAGGCAAGAAACAAGAAACAACGGAAAAAGGAGGAAACAUAAAAGAAAAGCAAAAGAAAUAAGCAGCUGGCAGACAGCGAAAUAAUUUGCCCCAAGAAAUAUACCACAAAAAGGAAAAGAGAAAUCAAGAGAGAGCGUCCAUCAUCCACCAAUACAAAUUCAAAUGAACAUGCUACACAGUUUCAGCGGCGGCGACGUCAGCAGCGCGGAGAUCGAACUGAAGGAGCGGCUGAUAUCCAGCGUGAAGAAGGAGGUGAAGCAGCUGAUGGAGGAGGCGGUGACCAAGAAGUAUGUCCACGAGGAGAGCAGCUCGGUGACCUCGCUGUGCGGCGCCGUGGAGGCAUGCCUCAGUCAUGGUCUGCGGCGGAGGGCCCUGGGUCUAUUUAAGACCUCCUCCACGACGGCGCUGAUCCAGAAGAUAGCCAAGAUCUGCCCGGAGGCGGACUACGUGAGCAGGCGGCUCCUCGAAUUGGAACUGGCCCAGGAGUCGAAUGCGGUGAGUGGCAAGCGCUCCUCCUCCAGCAGCGAUAGCAUCAUCAAGCCGAAGCUUUUGAGCAAGGGCAGCGGGAGCAGCAACUCGGUGACCACCAUCAACACGGUCUCCAAUGGGGCGGCAUCGUGCUCCGGAGGGGCCGGGGCAGGAGGAGUUGGUGCCAUUGCCCCACUCGGCAAAUACCUGUGGAUCCGACUGGCCCUCUACGAGAAACGGCUGGCCAAGAUCAUCGAGCAUUUGGUCAGCAAUGCCAAUAGCUACUACGAUCGCGAGGCGCUGGUCGCCGAUCCGGACUAUGGCUCCAUCCUCAGCUCGCUGCUGGUGGGUCCUUGUGCCCUGGAGUUCACACGGGCCAAGACCGCCGACCACUACUGGUCCGAUCCCUGUGCCGAUGAGCUGGUGCAGCGGCACAGGAUCAGUUCGGGCAACCGGACGCCGCCCACCACCCACCGGCCCAUCAUCAAUUUCAAGCGCAGCCUGCACACCAGUUCGGAGGACACGAGCAGUGGCUCCUUCAAGGCCUGCUCGCCGGCGAGCGUGGCCAAGGACUAUGUGGAGUCACUGCACCAGAACUCGCGCACCACGCUGCUCUAUGGGAAGAACAACGUGCUGGUGCUGCCCAAGGAUGUGUCCGAACCGAUGCCCGGCUAUCUCAGUCUGCACCAGAGCAUCCAAUCGCUGACGAUCAAGUGGACACCGAACCAGCUGAUGAACGGCUACAACGACGGCGAUGGCGGCGACAAGAGCUUCUACUGGAGCUAUGCCCUCAACAUCAACGUGGACGAGAUCGUCUAUGUGCACUGUCACCAGAAUCGCGGUGGCGACACCGGCGGCACCAUCAUCCUGGUGGGUCAGGAUGGCGUCCAGCGACCGCCCAUCCAUUUUCCCGAGGGCGGACACCUUCAGGCGUUCCUCAGCUGCCUGGAAACGGGCCUCCUUCCGCACGGCCAGCUGGAUCCACCGCUCUGGUCGCAGCGAGGCAUUGGCAAGCUUUUCCCCUGGCCGAAAAGCGUGCGGCGACACAUCCUGCCCUCGGUGAUGGAGGCAGGUGGCGGUGCCGCCGACGAGACGCCCAUCGACUAUGUGUUCCGCGUGGUCAGCAAGUGCCAGCACGAGGAGUUCCUGGCCAGUCAUCCGAUCCUGGAGCUGGGGCGGUCGAGUCCGCGACGGAAACAUCUGGGCAGCUGCUCCACCACCGGCAGCAGCGACUGCUCCAGCAAGAGCCUCUCCAUCGACCAGAGCAGCUGCGAAACGCCACUGAUCCAGGCCAGCCAGAGCACCAGCAUCGAACUGGUCUGCUCCACGAUGCGCAGGCAGAUCAUCUCGAGGGCCUUCUACGGCUGGCUGGCCUACUGCCGCCACCUCUCCACGGUGCGCACCCACUUGUCCGGCCUGGUCAACGGUCGCAUCAUGCCGGAUCUGGCUGCCGAUGAGGAGGGUCUGACCCGCGAAAAGUGGCUGGCGAUGCACGAGGAUGGCGUGCUCACCGGCGAACUUGAGCUCUAUCGCCUGGUCUACUUCGGCGGCGUGCAGCCCGAUCUGCGCAAGGAUGUGUGGCCCUAUCUGCUGGGUCACUAUGCCUUCGGCUCCACGGCGGAGGAUCGCCGGAAGCAGGAUGAGACGUGCAAGCACUACUACGAGACGACGAUGAGCGAGUGGCUGGCGGUGGAGGCCAUUGUGCGUCAGCGGGAAAAGGAGAAGACGGCUCUGGCAGUGGCGAAAUUGAGUGCUGAGCAGGCACGCCUGGCGGCCAAGACCUCUAACUCCCUCAAUCCCCACCAGAAACUCACCAACGGCAGUCGCCAAUUGGAAUUGGAGCAGCGAAAUGGCGAUGAGGAUCAGGAACACAUCAUCAUGGACGAGGGCGAGAAUGAUGUAUUCGAUGACAAUGACUUUUCGGAUAUAUCCGAUCCAGGGGAUCUGUUCGACGAGCCGGCAUUGGGCCAGGAAGCCGAAGAGCAGGACCAGGAGCAGGAGCAGAAGAAUCCAGAAGAUGAAGAGGAGUUAUUAGCGAAGCAUGAGGAUCAAGAGGACCGUGGAAUGCCGCGACUCAGCGAACAACUGGUUUUGGAGUUCCAGAACAUAGACAGCAUGGAACCGUUGCGCUUGCAGGAGAACUGUUUCGCCGAUUCAGAGAACGAGAACGAUCUGGGAUUGGGUCUCGAUGGCAGCGGCAACAUCCUGCUGCUGAGCAUCAAGAGCUCGCCCUCGACGAGCAGCUAUGAGACGGUGGGCAACGAGUUCGUGGACAUGGCGGAGGCCAAGCUGGAGGAGGAGGAGGAGGAGGAAGAGGAGGAGCUGCCGCCGCCGGGUGAGCUGAGCAAGUUCCACAGCGCCGACGAUGUGAGGCUGGACAGCCAGCAGCAGCAGGAGGAGGAGGAACUAUCACAGCCGGCCACGGCGGUGAUAAUAACCGAGGCAGCAUCGCUGGACGCCCUGGACGACGAUGCCACCGAGGAGUUUACCUCGCGGAAGACCAGUCUGAUGUCACCCCUCAACGAGGACAUCACGGUGGUGGCCUCACUGGACGCACUGCAGGAGCCCAAGUCCGCCUGCGUAUCGCCUGCUAGCUCCAAUGGCGGUGUCUAUAGCGUCGAGUUGCUGGAACAGUUCGGCCUCAAUCUGCACCGGAUCGAGAAGGAUGUGCAGCGGUGCGACAGGAACUACUGGUACUUCGCCAACGAGAACCUGGACAAGCUGCGCAACGUGAUCUCCACGUACGUGUGGGAGCACCUGGACGUGGGCUACAUGCAGGGCAUGUGCGACCUGGUGGCUCCGCUCCUGGUCAUCUUCGACGACGAGUCGCUCAGCUACAGCUGCUUCUGCAAGCUCAUGGAGCGCAUGAUCGAGAACUUCCCCAGCGGCGGGGCCAUGGACAUGCACUUUGCGAACAUGCGAUCCCUCAUCCAGAUCCUCGACUCGGAGAUGUACGACCUGAUGGACUCGAAUGGCGACUACACGCACUUCUACUUCUGCUACCGCUGGUUCCUGCUCGACUUCAAGAGGGAGCUCGUCUACGACGACGUCUUCGCCACCUGGGAGGUGAUCUGGGCGGCCAAGCACAUCGCCUCCGGCCACUUCGUCCUCUUUUUGGCCCUGGCCCUGCUGGAGACCUACCGCGACAUCAUCCUGUCCAACAGCAUGGACUUCACCGAUGUCAUCAAGUUCUUCAAUGAUGGCGGAGCGCCACAACGCCCAGUCGAUCCUGCAGCUGUCCAGGAGCCUGGUCCUCCAGCUGCAGACCAUCAUCGAGAACAAGUAAACGCAGGAGAAGCCAUCGUCAUCAGUCAUCCAUCGUCAGUUCCUGGAGACCUCAGUUCCCGAUCAGUAUUGAGCACUGCGAUGUACUAAGUAGCUAGCACCUAGAGCAUAGAAUCGUAGAAUCGGAGUUAGAAAGCGCUUGGGGGAUACAUAAUACCAAAUACAUACAUAUACCAAAUACCAUAUACAUUAUACCAUAUACCAUAAACCAUAUACCAUAUACCAUAUACCAUAUAACAUAUAUGCACCCUAGAGAUUGCAAUUAGCUGAGGUUCUCGUUGAGGUUUUUUAGGGAGGUUUCCCGUAAUCCGCAAUGGUUUUUUUUAUAUAUAUAUAUAUAAAUUUUU